AUGUUCACACCCAGAAAAAGCAAUCCUCCUUCCACCAGCCUGGAGGACGCAUUCUUCCCCCUCUCCCCGACCUCUCCAGUGUCUCUGUCUUUAAAGGCCCCUCCGCCCAUAUCCCGUCCUGACAGCAUCGACAGUGAAGGCGGCAUAGAGACGGACCUGAUACUUGCUGCAGAGUUGGGACGGGCUUUGCUGGAGAAGAAUGAGGAGCUGGCGGCAUCGCUGGAGCAGAGGGAGAGGGAGCUGGAGGCUGUGCAACAGGAGAAGCACGUCCUUCAGAGGAGGCUGGACAUGAACGAACUGGCGUCCGGGCAGAGGGAGGCGGAGCUGACGGCAGAUCUGGCCGCUCUGAGGGCUGAGCUGGAGCGGCAGCAAAGUCAGGGGCAGGACCGGCGUCGGGACGAGGGCGAGCAGCUGACUCAGUUAGCCAACCACAACCAGCGGCUGGUGGAGCAGCUAGCAGAGGCUGUAACACUGGAGCACUCCUUGAGGACUGAGCUCCGCUCCCUGAGAGAAGAGCUGGACGAAUCGUCCUUCAGCCGAAAUAUCAGCCUCACGCAAUUAGAGAACAUCCAAGCAGAGAACAAAGUUCUGCUGGGCCGACUGUCGCACAUGGAGGCGCAACUGAAAGCUUCACAGGAGGACACUGAUAGACUUCGCACAGAAAGAGACGCACUAAGAGAAAGAGGGUCACAGCUGCAGAUCAAGCUGAGGGAAAAAGAAGCAGAGAUAGAGCAGGAGCAGGGAGUGGUGUUUGAGUUGCGUACCUUGAAUCGCUCUCUCCAGCAAAAGGCUUUGAACUCGGGAGAAGAGAACGUCCUGGACAGUACCCACACCCAACCUUUGUCUCUGCUUAGUGAAAUACAGCAAUCACAGGCUAAAGAGGCUCUUCUAGCUCACUCUACAGUCCUGCAGGCAAGAGAUGAAGAGAUACUGGCGCUGAAAAAGGAGAUGAAGUGUCAGCAGGAAGAGCUAGAGUCUCUGAGGAAGGAAGUGGCACAGUUCAGAAACAGCCCUGGAAAACCGAGCUACAGUUCCCUAGAGAGUGAGCUGACAGCUGUGCGACAGGAGAAAGACUCACUGACACAACAACUCCUCAACACCAUCAAACACAAGGUGGCGCUGUCUCAGGAACUGGAUGCCUGGCAGGAGGACAUGCGUUUAGUGAUCAACCAACAGGUGCAGCAAAAGGAGGAGGAGAGAAAGAAGGAGAAGGAGAAGGAGAGAGAGACAACCGGGCUGCAAAGAAGCAAGUCUUUACGAGUGAAGGGGGAAGGAGGGAAAGGGUUCUUCUCGUUCUUCAAAGAGAAAAAAUAACUUCAGCAACGGUUUAAAAGAAUAUCUAUCUGCCUUCUGCCCUUGAGCUUAUGCUGCCAGACACACCACAAUGUGUUAACACAAUCACAAAAUGAAAUGUUUACAGAUCUCAUAUUUAAAAAUUGUACUAUAUGUAUAUAUGAAUGUACAGUAACAUUAUUUAGAGUUUCGUAAAUGAGACUGACAUGAUGCUUAGUAAUAAGUUCCUUUUCUGUAAGGUAUCUUUAAGCUGCACUAUUGAAAUGUAUUUAGUCACUUUGUGUUCAUAAGAAUUAUUAUAAACAAAACAAAGUCAAAGUGCGAUUUUAGUGAGGCCCAAAGAUCAACCCAGUCCAACCCUGUAACACCCGAUGUCUUUUUAAUAAAACAAAAGAAGCACCUACAGUUGGUGCCACAGGGAUCAUCUACUGUACAUCUUUUGGUGAUGUGCCUCUGCAGAUGAACCCAUUCAUUCAAUACAUAAAUUUUAAUCAAAUAUUAAUAAUCCACAAAUAUUAAAGCUGAAGAAAAAUACAGUAACUAUGACAAAUAUAAUUAUAUCUUUAAUAAAUUAAGUCCAAAAGGACAUUCCUUAA